UGUGUUUCUCAAGGCCCCAGGCUGGGAUUCAAACUGCAGUCAGCCACGUGGAGCCAACUGCUCCCACCACCGGCAGCAGCUGGCCCAGCUCCGACUUUCUCAGCUUGCCCCUUAGUGUUCGGAGGACGUGUCAUGCACAGAUCUGUGCCUCCUUGUCUUUCCUGGUAGGCUUCAGUGGGAACACCCUGCAGACGCCCUCCUCCUUGCAGAACGAGAGACCCUUGGCUGAGAGCUGGCUGGGAGUUGGUGGCUGCUUCCACUACCAGGGCAGCCGAGGGAAAGGGAAGCCUUCGGAGAAAGGAGACACCCUUACCGUUCCCCUUCCUGGUCACGUCGCUGCCUGAUUGCUGUUCCAGUGACAGGAGUCCUCGCCCUUGCCCGCCGUGAUGGCGGCCCUGAAGUGCCUGCUGCUGUCAGUCAGGAGGGCUGGUGCGCCUGGGCGGUCAGGCAUCCAGAACUUGGGUGUUUUUUGGACAGUUUCUCUACAUUGCCCAGAUGGGCCUUGAACUCAUGCUCCUCCUUCCUCAGCCUCCCAAUUAACUGGGAUUAUAAGCAUAUGCCACUGCACCCAGACAGGUUUUUAGUUUUAUUUAUUUAUACCUUCCAUGAGACAGACAGAAGCAUCUUACCUUACAGGGUCUUGAUACCAAGAUCCACUUCAGCUUUUAGCCAGCGCCAGAUCAUAUGCACAGGUGUGCCUGCAUAGCCGGGCCAUGGGCACAGGUGCACUCCAUGUACCCGGGACUGUGGGGACAGCUGUGCACAUGUAUCUGGGGACGUAGGCACAGGCGUCCCCCAUGUACCCAGGGGUCGUGGGCACAGGUGUCCCGUGUACCCAGGGGUCGUGGGCACAGGUGCUCCCCGUGUACCCAGGGGUCGUGGGCACAGGUUCAUCCACGUACUGUGGGCUCACAGGCACAGGUGCACCUGGCAUGCUCAGAUGUGAAGCCAGAAUUUGCCCAUCUGGUCACCCUCAUAGAGUGUUGUGUUCAAUUUUAUUAGGCAGAGUCUGUGUGUCAGAAUCCUGUCUCAGUCACUCGGGUAGCUGGCACCGCAGGUGCCACCACCAUGCCACCUUUUACAUAAGUCAGGGAUGGAGCCCGGCCUCCCGUGACCUCAGCCUGCCCAGCAGUUGCCUCCAGUGUGUGCCACUGCAGCUGGGCUGAGGUAACUCUCAGGUCGGCAGCUAAGUUUUUAAAGUGUACAUGACACUGUGGCCAUCGACCUGAGUGCAGAAUCUGAGCCGCUGCCCCUAAGGCCAAGCAGAACAGCCAGGGAGAGGCCGCAGAGGCCCGGACCGUCAGGGCUGGGGGGCCCUCGGGCACCGGUGGGGACACCGAGGCCCAGAGUAGAGACCCUUGCCAGCAUCACGCAGGGCUCUUGCCUGAUGCCUAGGCCCUGGCCUGUUGCCCAAACCGCCUGGCCUCCCUUGGCCAAUGGGUUUUUCCACGUUGGCCAACGGGUUUCCCCACAUUGGCCAACGCUGGGUCUCCAGCAAAGGAAAGAGCGGCCCCCUCUCAGGAAGGCACCGGGCCUCCAUUUCACCACAGCCCUUGGGCAAGGCAGCCUGAAGAGCAUCUAAAAGGGGCUGGCAGCAGUGCAGGGUCAGAAGGCAUGAUGGCAGGGGCCUGGAGGGCACUCGUGCUGGUGUUGGGCGUGGCCGUGGUGGCCUGUGUGGCGCACCACCGCCUGACAUAUGAACAGAUCAUCGCCCAGGCCUUGAAGUCCUACAACGAGGGGCGACAAGGAGAGCCCCUCUUCCGCCUGCUGGAAGCCACCCCGCCUCCCAGGCUGAAUUCUACGAUCAGGAUCCCACUCAACUUCAGGAUUAAAGAGACGGUGUGCAUUUCUGGCCAGCAGAGAGAGCCCAGGGAAUGCAACUUCGAGGAAGACGGGGAGGAGCGCAAGUGCACCGGCAGCUUCACUCGGGUGCUGCACAUUCGUGCCCUGACCCUUACCUGUGACAGGGACUGCAGGAGAGCAGCAGACUCUCUGCAGCUCCCCUCCGGGGUGAGGAGUUCCCCAGAGGCUAAGAGCACCACGCUGCCACCUGCCGUCCGCAACCUAUACGAGAAAGCCAAGUAUGAAAUCAUAGCCAACAUCCUGAGGAACUUCUAGGAAUGGAGAGGGGGACCUGCGCUCCCAACGCCGCCGCCUCUUUCCACCAGCCCUCCUCCUGCUGCUGCCUCCAGCACCCCUGUCCUGCACAGUAAGAAGGCCCCUUCUAGAGGGCCCCCAGACUCUAAGCCAGUACACAUGCCUCUGCACACCUGCUCCUCUGCCUGCCAUUCCUGCCCCAUCCUGUCCGUAAGUCAUCCUGCAAGGCACAGCUCAAGUCACCUCCUCCAGGGAGCCUGCCUGCUCUCCCGGGGCAGAAGUGUCCUUUUCAUCUGCUCACUCGUGACAGACGGGCUGUGGAUGAGUCAGUGCAGCGAGCCUGCAUCCCACGACAGCGACACUUUCACACAGAGCCCUGUUCAUCCUUGCUGCAGGCCCUUCCACACAUCCAGGCCUCUUCAGGGGGGCAGUCAGAAGGCCCCUGGGGGAGGCUCAGUAAAAUGUUUCUAUAACUGAUAAGUGAAUGCUUGAAUGAUGUGUUAGAGAGAGGCUGAACUGGCUGGACCUGGGUAACCAGACUCCCAGAGGUCAGGAGCUGUGGAGGACAGGGGCCAUCUGAGGGCUGGCCUGGAGGCUCAGGGCGAGAGCAGUCUGUCCCCUGCCUCAGCUGCCUUUCGUACCUUCAGACUCUCACCUUCGCCCCAAGCUCCAGCCGGAUCCUGUCCCUGACCCCCAGACUGGCUUGUGGAAUCGGUCUCGUCCCCCUCUGCCCUUCUUGUAGCCCACCCCAGGCAGCUGCCAAAGCCCGAGUGUCAUCCCUGGCUCCUCGUGUCCUCACAGCCACAUCCGGUCACCCGCACCUUUGUCUUGGUCCCUGGUGCGUCCCCAGUCCCGAGAACAAAGCCUGGCCCUCUGCAAGUGCUCAGUAAAUGCCUGUGGAAUGGAUGACCGUCCUUUCUGUCCAGCUGGGUGCUCCUCUCUACAGAAAUAACAGUGACGUCUCCCAUUCCAGGGCUACCGUGUAGCACACCCCACCCCCUGGGUACGGGCUUUUUAGUAACAGGUCCAGGGAGGCCAAGGACCCUCUCAGUAAUGCUAAUAACCAUCUGCGUGCCUCUCCUUGGCUGGCCUUGCAAACUGCAUGUCACACCUGCAGCUUCAGCGAGGACUCCAGGUCUCAGGGAAGCGGGCCUGUGGGGAGGUGGGCAGUCUGGUUGAGCGCGACAGCCUUAUUCUUCCCCACCCUCAAACUCCCAGUUUAGGAGGCUCUUUUUUGGGGGAGAGGUUUUUGCUAUAGGGCACAUGCAUUAGCCAGAAAAACAGACAGAAAUUGAGAAAUCACCCCCCACCCCAGGGGGAUGGCCUCGCUGGAAU